UCACUCGUUAUUUACUCUGUACCAAUCAAACCCAAAACCCCAUCAUUUCUCUCUAUAAAAAGCCAACCCUUUGCUCCACUUACUAAUAAGCAAAACAGGGAGGACAUAGCCCAAGCCCAGCCCACUCCAUCCUCCUCCAUGGCCUCAAUGCCCGGACUCCUUCUCACCGCUCUCUUCCUCAGCACCAUCCUCCUCUCCUACAUUCCAGUGAUAAAGGUUUCAGCAGCAUCAGUAAUACUAUACAACAAAUGCCAGUACCCAGUGUGGCCCGGGAUCCAGCCCGGCGCUGGAAAGCCCGUUCUGGCCCGUGGAGGCUUUAAGCUUCCACCAAACAAGGCUUACUCUCUUCAACUCCCGGCCCUGUGGUCGGGCCGCUUCUGGGGCCGCCAUGGCUGCACCUUCGACGCCUCUGGACGCGGUCGAUGCGCCACCGGAGACUGCGGCGGUUCCCUCUUCUGCAACGGCAUCGGCGGAACCCCGCCGGCCACCCUCGCGGAGUUCACCCUGGGCAACGACCAAGACUUCUACGACGUGAGCCUCGUCGACGGUUACAACCUCCCCAUCUCCAUCACCCCUUUCAAGGGAUCUGGUAAGUGCAGUUACGCGGGCUGCGUCAGCGACCUCAACACCAUGUGCCCAGUGGGCCUGCAGGUGCGAUCACGCGACAAGAAGCGCGUGGUCGCUUGCAAGAGCGCUUGCUCAGCUUUUAACUCCCCCAGGUACUGUUGCACUGGUCCCUAUGGAAGCCCACAGGCCUGCAGGCCCACGGCCUAUUCCAGGAUCUUCAAGACCGCGUGCCCUAAGGCUUACUCCUAUGCCUAUGAUGACCCCACCAGCAUUGCUACUUGCACUAGAGCUAACUAUUUGGUCACUUUCUGCCCCCAUCAUCGCUGAACCCAACUAUUCAUCCAUCGUCUUAAUUAGCUAGCUAGGCUUAUAUUAUAAUAUUUUAAUAUUUUACAUUUCAUUCCUUACUUUGGUAUCACACUUUUGUGCUUAUGGGUAUUAGAUAUUUUGUAAUGUUUUCCUCUGUAUGACAAUUGAUAUUGUAUGGUAGUUGAGCUUUGGUUCUUAUUAAGUAUUCACGGGGCUAGUGGGCUUGGACAAUCUUGGAUCUAUCUAUAAUCUAUGCUAUGUGACGGGAAUGGUGUGGCACAAUGGAAGGUCUUGGUUUUA